UUUUUUUAAGAUUUUAUUUAUUUAUUUGUCAGAGAGCGGGCGAGAGAGAGCACAAGCAGGGGGAGCGGCAGGCAGAGGGAGAAGCAGGCUCCCUGCUGAGCAAGGAGCCCAAUGCGGGACUCGAUCCCAAGACCCUGGGAUCAUGACCUGAGCCCAAGGCAGACGCUUAACAAACUGAGCUACCCAGGUGUCCUGGCUGAGGGCUUUUUAUCCUUUUCCAUGGAACUCGGGGAUGGAGACCUCAGCCAGCUCCUGGUCCCUGAGUAUCCUCUAUGACCUUAUCUGUCCAGCUCCCCGCCCACGGCUCUGGGCUGCUUGCUAGGGGUCAGAAGCUGCUGACCCCUGGACUAGGAAGCCGUGGCUGUCCAAUGAUGUGUCAGGGCUGGUUGCGGAGUCUGAGAACUGAAAUGAAGACAGCGAGGACUGCAAGUCAGGCUGACCUGCCCCAUCCAGGCCAGGUCUCCCUCUCCACUUAUCUACCCAUCCGUGGCUAGAGCAACACAGACCUGAGGGGAUUUGAACCAUCUACACCCAAUCCAUGUGGGGCCAAUGGAGGAGGACCAGCCUGAACAAAUUAAUGAACAAACUGAAGAUGAGCCUCAGCAGAAAGAGGAACCGACUGGUUUCUCCUCAGAAUCACUGACCUCAGAGAAGAAGGUGGAGGCUGAAGAUGUAGAUACAGUCAAGACAGAGAAAGUGGAUAGUGCUGAAAGUGGAGCUAGACAAACCCCAGGAAAUCAACAUAAGCCCUCUACCAGCAAUCCAGAAGUCAUAAAGAUCCAGGCCUGGUGGCGGGGCACCCUGGUGCGCCGGACACUGCUGCAUGCAGUAAUCAGAGCAUUGAUCAUUCAGCGCUGGUGGAAGCAGAUCCUGACAAAGCUGAUGGAGAAGAGGCGGCGUGCAGCACUGGAGACCUUUACACGGAAGGAGUGGGCAGCGGUCAAGCUGCAGUCCUGGGUCCGCAUGUGGCGCAUCCGUAGACGCUAUUGCCGUUUGCUCAAUGCUGCCCGCAUUAUCCAGGCCUACUGGAGGUGCCACACCUGCGCUUCCCGGGGUUUCAUCAAGGGCCAUUACAGAGUCACGGCCAACCAGCUGCAUCUCGAGCUAGAGAUCCUGCUGGGCUCAGGGCCUUGCCUCGUGUCAGAGUGUAUUCCCCUCCCAAUAAAGCAGUGAAGUGGU